AUGCAGCGACACCGCGAGCCCCGGCGAAACCUCAUGUCGGAUCCUGUGAAGGAAGAGGAAGUCGAAAGCAACCUACUUGUUUAUCAAGAGCGAGAUGACCAAGAACUGCUUGAUCAGCAACUACAAGAUACUCUCUUUGGUCAACUCAACGACACAUUUUCAGAGCGCGUUAGAUCGCCGCAACAACGAAUCCAGUCCGACGACGGUUUGUUUAUUUCAGGAGACGAUAUGAUGGAUGAACCAUUUGCUGCUGCUGAUAACACGCGAAGCAUGGGUUUUGAAAUAGACACCAAGUAUAGGAAAUGCACCGUUAGCGUCUCCAGCACCAACAUCAAUAACACCAACUACACCUGCUGGACAGGUUUUAUUUCCGUCAAUAGGCCAGCGCACAAUCCCUCCGUCAGAGAUGGCAUUCCUCAUGACCCAAACGGCAGACCAGCCGCGAAUCCCAUGGCGGUGGUCUACCAUAGGAAAAAAAAGUAUCCACGCGAAACAAACCUAAAGCGGUCGGUAAAUGAUGCCGGGCUGAAGGUCUGGAGUGUUGGAUAUACAGUGAAAGAGGAAGGAAGCAAAUCAGGCAUCCAGGAAGCGCGUGUGCUCAUUGCCGUGCUACAGGUCCAACAGCUCAAGGGUGUAGUGUUACAACACGGAGUCAUAGUAAAAGGGCUGACCAUCGACAACGUCAGCAGAACAGAGCGCAGAGAAGGGAGAUUUUACCGAUGGAAUUGA